CGCGGGAUGUUCCUGCCCAAUUCAGCGUCGGUCUCAAGGGCCAGCGCCCCGGCUGAAGCCGCUGUGGGGGCUCGGGGCUGCUGACCGGUGGACCGGGCUGCCACCCCGCUCCGCGAUCGGUGGCCGGACUCUAGGGAAAAAACAAUCAGCAGUCACGGAGUGAGUAUUCCAGUUGGAGUCGCAUCUUUAAGUACACAUAAACACAACCCAGCAGGCACGAAGCGAAUCAGAAGACCGCGUCCACUACACUCUUUCACCAAUUGAUUGGGAAAUCGAGACGAAACAUAACAAACAUCGACAAUUGAUGCUGAUUACGAGUAAAUAAAUCAACAUGGCGCAAACCGAGUCCUUCAUCAUCAAAACCCCCUGCUCAAGCGCCAACAUCGGACCGGGCUUCGACGUCAUCGGCCUGGCGCUGUCCAUGUACCUGGAGCUGCACGUCACCAUCGACCGGACCAAGACGCAGUCGAGCCAGCCGCUGCACUGCCGCAUCACGUACGCGGGCGAAGGCGAGGGCACCGACGAGAUCAGCCUCGACCCGGAGGUCAACCUCAUCACGCGCGUCGCCCUGUACGUCCUGCGCUGCCACGACCAGCGCAGCUUUCCGCUAGAGACCCACGUGCACAUCAAGAACCCCAUCCCGCUGGGCCGCGGUCUCGGGUCGUCGGGCGCCGCCGUCGUCGCGGGCGUCAUGCUGGGCAAGGAGUGCGGCGGCCUGCACCAUCUCACCCCCGAGAGGCUGUUUGAUUUUUGUUUGAUGAUUGAGCGUCAUCCGGACAACGUGGGCGCGGCGCUCUUUGGCGGCUUCGUGGGCACCUACCUCAAGCCGCUGGCACCCGAGGACGUGGCCCGCGUGGAGAUACCCUUGAGCGAGGUGCUCCCCGCGCCCGCGGGCGGUGUCGACACGGGCGUCAGGCCGCCCGAGCCGCCGCACGGCAUCGGCCACCACAUCAAGUUCCCCUGGGCGCCCGAGAUCAAGGCCGUCGCCAUCAUCCCGGAGUUCGAGGUGCCCACAGCCAAGGCGCGCGAGGUAUUGCCGGCGCAGUAUCCUCGGCCGGACGUGACAUUCAACCUCCAAAGAAUCGCCCUCCUCCCCGUCGCCCUCGGCCAGUCGCCGCCCGAUCCGGAGCUCAUAUACCUGGCCAUGCAGGACAAGCUGCACCAGCCGUACCGGCAGACGCUAAUCCCUGGGCUGACCGAGAUCGUCGAAUCCAUGACGCCUGGCACGCAGCCGGGCCUGCUGGGCGUCUGUCUGUCCGGCGCCGGGCCGACCAUCCUCGCUCUAGCGACCAGCCACUUUGCCGAGAUCGCCGAGCGCAUCGGUGCCAAGUUCAGGGAGAACCGGAUCGUGUGCAACUGGAAGGUGCUAGAGCCAGCCGAGGGGACGACGGUGGUCAGGACAUGAGUCCCACUUUCGGGGGGGAAAUGGACGUUGGAAUAUAGAUAGAAUCGUGAUACCCGUUUUUUUGGCUGGUUUCUUUUUGGUGGUCGUCAUGUUGAUCUCCGUUGUCAGGGGGAAUGCUGAUUACAGUAUGGAGCAGCCCCUGACGCACAAUGGACCUGGAAGCCAGAAUCCAGUUCAAUGUUCCUAUAUGGAUGGCCUCAUCACCACAAGUUGCCGCCUGUAUGCUCAAUGGGCCCAAUCGAUCUGGAUCAGCCAUCCGCGCCUAACAAGCGAAGCAAGGCACGUCGGGAACGCAAGCAUUAAUCUCGAGCCACAGAGUAAACUCUGGACCCACAUGCAGCGGAUAGCGCCGACAAGGUGGGACGUCAGGCCACCACGCGUUAG